UGGCGAAGCGCCCCGAUGGCUGCCCUCGCCUUCCCUUCCCUCCUCUGGGCGGAGUUCCCCAGCCCAAAACAAGGGAAGGAGUUCAGGCUCUCCGCCCCGGCCGGCCUCCCCCCUCCGCCUCCCUGCCCUGGGUCCCAGCAUGGCGGGCCAGGGCGCCCCGGGGCCCCCGCUGCCCGUCACGCGCCAAGUGGGCGCCCGGGUUCGCCCCCUCGCCGAUGCGCCCGUGGAGCUGCGAGACGCCGCCCGGCGCCUGGUGGUGGACGCGUCCGGGAAAGCGGUUCCCUUCGGAUCCCUGUACCGGGAGCGGAAGGCGAUCGUGGUGUUUGUGCGGGUAAGCCGAGGUGGGAGAUCCACCCCCCAAAAAGUGCUUCGUUUUUAAAGGGAACUUUAAAAAGCCUUGCGCUUUUUUGCAAGACUUUCGUUUCGUCUUGCAGACAGGAAAUCGGAAGCUGCGAUCGCGGUCCGGAUUGCAGCCGAGGCCUUGAAGGAAACCGGGCCGUCCGAUGCACAUUCGUUUUACGCAGGCAUUCCUCACCCCAUUUACCUGGGACUUAUCCUUGUUGAAUUCAGUAGGGCUUUUGUUUUCUUCGUAGACACGUGGCAAGGAUCGCGCUUCAAUAGCGUUGCGCUCUUACUACAUACUGCAGUGGAGUGGUUGAUCACUAAAGGUUUCCCCAAGAGGAAAGGAAUCUUAUCUUGAUCACGCUUCCCGAGUUGUAAUGGAUCCAAUCGCAACACGUUUGUUCAUGACUGAAACAAUAAUUCUAAAUAAGGGGUGGGACUUCUCUUUUCAACAGGGCUGUAGCCAAAUUAAAGAAAUUUUAAUUCGCUCACCUGAGAUUUUCUGCCGUUCCACCUAGUAAAUAAAGGACUUGCUGGUUUUGUUCUGGAAAAGAAAAGAAAAAAACAUAAUGGGCUGUGUACAAAACUCCUAGAAAUCACACCAUUAUCUUUAUCUCUUAGCCCUCCCCCCAAAAGAAGAUUUUUCUUCCUUUUAGUUUUUUGAUGCUCUGACCUUUGAGUGAACAGGUAUGAAAUCAUUAAAAGCAGUGUGAUGGAUCCAGACCUCCCAGCUGCCAACUCUACUAUAGAUGGCUUUCUGAUCUAUGCUAUUUAAGCCUCAGCGUACUUACCUAUGCCUCCCCCACCCCCCAAUUUUGAGAUCUCAACACUUUUAUUACAGUUGUUCUGACACUCCUCAUCGUCUCUCUUCAGCAUUUCUUGUGUUACGCCUGUAAGGAAUAUGUGGAGGAUCUGGGCAAAAUUCCCAAGACAUUUUUACAAGUAAGUAAGUUUCUUUUUUAUAAAAAAAAAUAGUAUUAUAUUGUGAAGUCAAUACAGUAUUUACAUAUAUCUUCAAUUACUUUAUAAUGCAUGCACUGAUUAAUUUGUUCUCCUUCAUGCUUUCUGUCAUUCUUUUUAAAUAUCCAGCUGAGCACUCUGGAAGCCAAAGAAUCACCAUCGUAAACAUAGUUCCUUCUUGGUUUGCAAGAAUACGUAUGCACUAAUUUGUUAUAUUAAUAAUAACAGAAUAAAAAAGACAGACAGACAGACAGGUGAGGUUUCAGAGGAAACUCCUGUGAUAAAUAUGUAGACCACCAUCAGCCCCCAACCUCUUCUGUAAAGAGGAAAUUCCUUAAAAAGCUGAAAAGGCCUAUGCUUCAGGAAUCCUGAACGGGGCUCCACUGUACAGGGUUACAGAGAAAUGGUGCCAAUCAGCACUAAAAAGGUUAUGUUCAAAUAACCAGUCUAGAAAACUAAUCACUACUGUAAUUAAUAACAUUCCAGAAUUGGCUGCACAAUCCAAAAACAUUUCUGCCGUCCUAUCUGAUUCUUGCACCGUUGUAUCAUCACUGUAAAUUGCCAUCAUAUCAUCCCAUUUUAAGAGACACUGAUGGCAUAGCUGUUGUGAGGUCCAUCUUAAGCAUUUAUUAUCUUGCCACAAUGAACGUGUUGUAAGUACUAGCUGCAGUUUAAAGAUUUAUAUAUACUUUUGUGUGUUUCCCCCGACACCUUCCCCAUGUAGGAUGCAAAUGUCAGACUUGUGGUUAUUGGACAAUCAUCACACCAUCACAUUAAGGUAGGUCCAUGUAAGUCGGAGUUAUUCUACUGGCAUAUUCUGAACUCAGCUCAUUUCACCUCUGAGCAGGCACAGGGAAACAAACUGGUAAAUGGAGUUUUGUGCAUUUCCCUCUCUCUUCACAACCAGUGUGCAGCAGGUGCUGAUGUAACUGGCAUCAUCUAUACCUGGGAGCAGAUUGAAAUAAGGUCUGCAUCAGAAGCCCUUCUCCAGGUGCCCACAUCUUUGGAGGGCACCACAGAGAAGUGUUGUUGUUUUCAGGUGGCACCAAAGCUGUGGAAUAUUUUUUUUUACUGCUUUUGCAAUAUUACGUUAUUAUUAUUUUAUUUUUUUAAUUUUGUUAUUGAAAACUGCCUUCAAGUAUUGGGCAAUGAGGUGGGAUUUAAAGUUUAUAAAUAAUAGUGCCAUCCCGUGCAUAUCUACUAAGAAGUAAGUCUUGGUGGCUUUACAGUGGUACCUCGGGUUACAUGCGCUUCAGGUUACAGACUCUGCUAACCCAGAAAUAGUACCUCGGGUUAAGAACUUUGCUUCAGGAUGAGAACAGAAAUCAUGCUCUGGCGGCGCAGCAGCAGCGGGAGGCCUCCUUAGCUAAAGUGGUGCUUCAGGUUAAGAACAGUUUCAGGUUAAGAACGGACCUCCGGAACGAAUUAAGUACUUAACCCAAGGUACCACUGUAUAGGUUUGCACUUAAAUAAAUAAAGAGAAAAGUUAUAUGAGCCAUGUUCAUAUCUGCAUGAUACAUUUAAAAGCGCUCUAUGUCACUUGAACAGUCACAACUUCCUCCAAAGAAUCAUGGAAACUGUAGUUUGUUACGGGUGCUGGGAAUAAUAGUUUUUUGGGGUGUUCUAACAACCCCCAGUACCCUUAACAAACUACAGUUCCCAGUAUCCUUUGGGAGGAAACCAAGUCUGUUGGCACAAGUGUGCUUUAAAUGUAUAGCAUGGAUGCUACUACUUCUGUUUGUCUAAUACAGUGGUGCCUCGCAAGACGAAGUUAAUCCGUUCCACGAGAGUCUUCGUCUAGCGGUUUUUUCGUCUUGCGAAGCAAGCCCAUUGACGGAUUAGCGCUAUUAGCGCUAUUAGCGGUUUAGCGGCUAUUAAAGGCUUAAAGGCUUAGGGAUUAGCUGCUAAAAGGCUAUUAAAGGCUAUUAAAGGCUUAGCAGAUUAGAUAAAGGGGGAAAGCAAAAAAAAUCUCCAGACUCGCAAGAUAUUUUCGUCUUGCGAAGCAAGCCCAUAGGGGAAUUCGUCCUGCGAAGCAACUUCAAAACGGAAAACCCUUUCGUCUAGCGGUUUUUCCGUCUUGCGAGGCAUUCGUCUUGCGGGGCACCACUGUAUAGCAUUACUAAAAUAUACGUGAAUAAGGACGAUUGGUUUCCAGUGGACUUAUUUGUAAGUGUCCUUGAGGGGAAACUGUAGAGUCCCACCAAAGAGGAACUUUUCCUUGAAUACACACAUCUAAGCCCACAGGGAUAGCUGCAUUUUAAGUGUGGAACUUGAAGGUUUUCAAAAUCAGAAUUACUCUCUGGUCCUAAAUACACUGACCUGGAAAUGAGUCCCACUGAAUGUAGUGAGACUGGACCCCCCCCCACACAUGUGCAGCCUUCGUUUUCCAAGUAGUUAGUACAGUGGUACCUCGGGUUAAGUACUUAAUUCAUUCCGGAGGUCCGUUCUUAAUCUGAAACUGUUCUUAACCUGAAGCACCACUUUAGCGAAUGGGGCCUCCUGCUGCUGCUGCCACGCCAUUUCUGUUCUCAUCCUGAAGCAAAGUUCUUACCCCGAGGUACUAUUUCUGGGUUAACGGAGCCUGUAACCUGAAGCAUAUGUAACCUGAGGUACCACUGUAAUAAUAAUUUUUAUUAUUCUGCCCUGCCCAUCUGCCUGGGUUGCCCAGCCACUCUGGGCAGCUUUCCAAUGCAUUAUUUUGAUAUUUACAAAUGUUUCUUGCAGCCAUUUUGCACUUUGACAGAUUAUCCUCAUGAAAUGUAUGUGGAUCCUGAAAGGGAAAUCUACAGGACGCUUGGGAUGAAAAGGGGUGAAGCAUCCGCUACAACAGGUACAACAGUUGUGGUACCAACUGUAAACGCAGAGGUCACAGCACAAAAUGUAGUCACGUAAGGAACUAUAGAUCACAAGCAAUUUCCCCUCCAUACUCACAGAAAAACAUACAACUGGUUUAUCACUUAUGGCAAUGAAGAACUAAGGAUUAUACCCAGUGCUAGAUCCCAGUCACCAGUCUAGCUGCCGCAUUAUGGAUUAGUUGUAGUUUCCGAGUCACCUUCAAAGGUAGCCCCACAUAGAGCGCAUUGCAAUAGUCCAAGCGGGAGAUAACCAGAGCAUGCACCACUCUGGCAAGACAGUUCACGGGCAGGUAGGGUCUCAGCCUGCAUAUCAGAUGGAGCCGGUAGAUAGCUGCCCUGGACACAGAAUUGACCUGCACCUUCAUGGACAGCUGUGAGUCCAAAAUGACUCCCAGGCUGCGCACCUGGUCCUUCAGGGGCACAGUUACCCCAUUCAGGAUCAGGGAGUCCUCCAUACCCACCCGCCUCCUGUCCCCCAAAAACAGUACUUCUGUCUUGUCAGGAUUCAACCUCAGUCCGUUAGCCGCCAUCCAUCCUCCAACCACCUCCAUAUGACACCAUAUCUAAAGCACAUGGCUUCCCCCAAAAAAUCCUGGGAACUGUAGUUUGUGGCUCCGUGGUAAGUAAACUACAGCUCCCAGAUCUCUGUUAAAGUAGUAUAAAUGUGCUUUAACUAUAUGGUGUGGAUUUGGGGCCAACCCAGCCAUGAGGGGCUGAGGCAGUUGCCUCGGGUGGUGGAAGCCCAUGAAGGCAGCACCCUGAACGACACACGCCCCCCACCAGCCCCACUGCCUCCCCUGGAGCAGCAGCCCUGGUUUCUUGUGAGAGCUCACUGCAAUCCCCCCAAAUCUUACUGAAAUCUCACAAGAGAUUUCAGUGACAUAUCGUGGAUUUUGCCAGAACCUGCUAUCGCUGCCAUCUCACGGGUGCUGUUGCGCAACCCAGGUAAGGAGGAAAGCAUAAAAGCAGUGUGAUCCUUUGUUGAUGGAUUAUAUAUCAACAUGUGUGUAGAGGGCGUGUGUGUUUUAAGCUUGGACUUAAAUGACAACUGAAUAGAAAAAAUACAGUCUGUGACAAUCCAAUUAGAGCUUAAAUAUAUGCAGAAUGACCCUUCAUAGCUGCAGUGCUUUGCGAUAACCUUGCAUCUGGAUUCGCUCCCCUAUGAAUCAUUGGGACUGUAGGGUUUACAGAGAAACAAUUUACGUAAUACUUUUUCUAGCAGUCUGCGUUAGAUUCCUAUUCUCGCAUAAGUCACCCUACUUGAAAACUGAACAAGAGAGGAAGGCUGCAAUCCUAAACAAUUAUUAGGUAGUAAGUCCCAUUAGGUAUUAUUAGGUAGUAAGUCCCGGGACGCGGGUGGCGCUGUGGGUUAAACCACAGAGCCUAGGACUUGCUGAUCAGAAGGUCAGCGGUUCGAAUCCCCGCGACGGGGUGAGCUCCGGUUGCUCUGUCCCUGCUCCUGCCAACCUAGCAGUUCGAAAGCAUGUCAAAGUGCAAGUAGAUAAAUAGGUACUGCUCCGGCGGGAAGGUAAACGGCGUUUCCGUGCACUGCUCUGGUUCACCAGAAGCGGCUUAGUCAUGCUGGCCACAUGACCCAGAAGCUCCCUCGGCCAAUAAAGCGAGAUGAGCGCCACAACCCCAGAGUCGGUCAUGACUGGACCUAAUGGUCAGGGGUCCCUUUACCUUUACCUUUAAGUCCCAUUGGGACUUCGGAGUAAGCACAAAGACAGGUUUGCAUUGUUAGGCUUGGGUGGGAAGGUAGCUGGCCUUAGAAGGAAAAGUCCAUUGUUGUUGUUGGUUUAUGAGUAGAGAAAUUUCUGCUUUUCCUCCUCAGUCCGAUCACUUCCGUUUUCUUAUUGGAUAGUCAAAUGUCUUGCUCUCUCCUAAGCACAUUUAGAGAACAACAACUACCAGACUUUUAGAAGACAUCUGAAGGCAGCCCUGUUUAGGGAAGCUUUUAAUGUUUGAUGGAUUACUGCAUUUUAAUAUUUUGUUGGAAGCCGCCCAGAAUGGGCGGGGUAUAAAUAAUAAAUUAUUAUUAUUAUUAUUAUUAUUAUUAUUAUUAUUAAUUCCAGCUGACUGACUUGCACAAAACUGUGCAUAGAUUGUAGCCAGAUAUGCUUGCAAGAUCUGCAGAGCAAACUUAAUUUCUCAUGCAAAGUACGCUUUCUCUUCUAUAUCAUACCAUUGCAGUGCAAAGUCCUCAUGUAAAAUCCAACCUGCUGUCAGGAAGCAUCAAGAGCAUGUGGAGAGCAAUGAUGAGCCCUGCAUUUGAUUUUCAAGGAGAUCCAGCUCAGCAGGGGGGCACUUUGAUUUUAGGUCCAGGUAAAGCUGUUUGUUAAAAUUAACCUUUGCCUUGGUUUUGCUUACAUGAUGCAUUUGUGCUCCUGGAUAUACUGAUGAAAAGUGUCCGAGCACUUGUCUCCUUUUCUUCAUACCGUUGAGAUUUCACACAUGCACACACUUAAGGAACUUAGCAGAUAAACAUGCUACCACCAGAUAGCAUGGAUUUAAUGGGUGGAGGGAGAGCAGCCAAUCUGUACCCUCCAGCGUGGUGUAGUGGUUAAGAGCGGUAGUCUCGUAAUCUGGUGAACCGGGUUCGCUUCCCCACUCCUCCACAUGCAGCUGCUGGGUGACCUUGGGCCAGUCACACUUCUCUGAAGUCUCUCAGCCCCACUCACCUCACAGAGUGUUUGUUGUGGGGGAGGAAGGGAAAGGAGAAUGUUAGCCGCUUUGAGACUCCUUAAAGGGAGUGAAAGGCAGGAUAUCAAAUCCAAACUCUUCUUCUUCCCCACUUCACAACUAUCAAUGACGUUAAUGGGCCUUCUUUCUGACUUGGCCCUGGUGCUAUGUGGUUAUUUUGUUGUGUGACCUCUCCUUCCUUUCCUUAAUGUGCUAUGCUCAAGAAAUGAUGCUAGAUAGUUGGAAGUCCAAACCCCCCACAGUGCAGGAAUAUACAGCUGUCCCUUGCAUGGAUCAGACCUGCAAGCUUGGAAUUAAUCCGCACUAUGCUCGAACCAACUGAGCUCUCCAGCUGGGGGAGAUUUGAACUUGCGGCAGUGGGAGGAAACCUCCUGUUUUGUGGUACAGGGAGUUGUGCUGGGGACAUGCCUACAUUGCUGCAAAUUCGUUGUUGUGAGUGGGUUGCAUGUGGGUGUCAUCAACAGCACAGUCCUUGACUGGUGGGCUUUGGUGGUGUUUCUGUGGUUAUUGGGGGACGCGCGUGUUUUGUGCUGUUUGGAAGUUUUCUGGUUUCUCCCCUCUGCUCCUAGUUUGAGCACAUACAGUGGUACCUCGGGUUACAGACGCUUCAGGUUACAGACUCCGCUAACCCAGAAAUAGUACCUCGGGUUAAGAACUUUGCUUCGGGAUGAGAACAGAAAUCGUGCUCUGGUGGCAGCGGGAGGCCCCAUUAGCUAAAGUAGUGCUUCGGGUUAAGAACAGUUUCAGGUUAAGAACAGACCUCCAGAACAAAUUAAGUUCUUAACCCGAGGUACCACUGUAUAUGACGGUCAUUGUGCUGAUGUAGCAAUCAGUAAAUGAGGCGUUUUGUCAUCUGGAAAGUAUUCCCCCCCCAAAAAAAAUAUCCAUAGCUGAUAUAGAAUAUGCAGGGCCAUCUUUCGCAGAUGCGGCGCUGGCGUGCAAAUAUCCACUCAGCGCCCCCAAAUUACCAUGGAUGGGGCGGGUGAAGCUGCACACUGCCAGCCAUAGGGGGGGUGCGCAACUCUCCCCCAUGCCGCUGCAGAGGCUUGGGAGGCAAGCUGCACGCCCGCCAGCCAUAUGUUUGAUGGGGCACAGUUGGCGGGCAUGCAGGAGGGAAAGGGGAGGCCACCGGAAAAGCUGCACAGCUCCCCCACUCGCUGGGGCGCCCCUGAGAGACCAGCGCCCUGGCACAAUGAGCCACUAAGCCGUUUGGGAAAGACGGCUCUGAGAAUAUGAACAACCAGCUUCCGUAUCCGACAACCAAGGCAUCAGACCGCAUUGGCUGAAAAGAUAGGUGAUUGUGAAUAUUGGUAGCAAUAUUUUGUAGAUAGGCAGUAACAGGCUUGUUUUUUUUUAACCCCCCAGGGAAUGAAAUCCACCACGUGCACCUUGACCAGAACAGGUUGGACCAUGUUCCCAUUAACACUGUUUUGCAACUUGCUGGAGUUCAAGCAGUAAACUUCGCCAACAGAUCUCCAAUUAUUGAUGUGUGACUUUGUCAAAAGAAGAAAAAAUCCAGGGGGCAAGUUAAAUGAUAACAUGGCAACAGUGUGUUCAGCAAAUAAUUUUGGGUGAGGUUACUGUAACAUUGGAAGAUUCCUGGCUACUGAAUAGUUCGGUUUCCAGUGGGUAAAAAUGGACGUCACACUUUAUUGUUUCAUUGAACACAAAGUUAAGUUGUGAUGUGUUUAACAAAACAAAAAAAAAAGGUGAUUUUUAAACUUGCAUAAAAAUUUACUUGGCAAACACAGUGUAUAGGUUUUAUUCCAUCACAGCCUUUAUUAUUAUUAGUGAGUUCUGUCUUCUGAACCCCUGUCUCACAAUGACGUAAUAAAAGGACAUAUUUUUCUACAGAUUAAAUAAAAAUGUAAAUUUCUACUGUCUGUAGAACAGCUUCUUCGAUGAAUCAAAACAGUGGUGGAGACCGUGCAGUCCUCUUCAAGAAUAUUGACAUGGACUCAAUGGGUAGUAGACAACUAAGUUUUAUUCAGAGUAAAUUCUAAGAAAUGAAUUAAUGUGUCUGCUCUGAAUAAAACUUAAUUGAAUACCACCUGAUAGGCUGUGAGGAACUGAAACGUGCAAAGAAAAGUAAUUUUGUGUCCUGUCCCCCAGAACUAUGUAGGGAAUUACUUCCAGACCUUGAGUUAAAACUUCUGCAUUGGGGGGUGGGGGUGGAUAGGAAAACCUGUAAUAUCAAAUAUUGUACUCCAUGUAAGCAUUUAGGGCUAUGAACUUUCAUACCUUUUGCCCAGUUUGGUCCCCAGAGGGUUCAAUACAAAAUAAUGUGUGGAUUCACCAUGGAAAAUACAAGGAAGGAUAGCACAAAAUAUGCAUGCCAUGUGUGGAAUAAAUCUUGUUAUUCAGUUUUUAUUUGAGAGGGGUGGUCAUUGAGACCUGAGGCCUGAUUUUUCACUACAUAUUAAAUAGCAUUUCCCCUUCUAUUUACAUUGCUAUCGGUAACGUGCAACAAUAAGGCAGGGCCCUCUCUCACUACUUUACAUGAAGUGAAAAUUGGGCACCCAUACAGCAAUACAGUAAAGUGAAUGUUGCUGCUUGUAGAAAAGGAUAAUAAUAAGAAUAUGAUUUAUGAUUUAUAUACCACCCAUCUGACUGGGUUCCCCCAGCCACACUGGGCGGCUUCCAACGAAUUAAAAUACAAUACACACAGGGGUCAGCAAACGUUUUCAGCAGGGGGCCGGUCCACUGUCCCUCAGACCUUGUGGGGGGCCGGACUAUAUUUUGGAGGAAAAAUGAACAAAUUCCUAUGCCCCAC